AGCGCUCGCUGGCGUUGACUGGUGUAGUGUGUCGUAUGUGUGUGAUUUUUUUUACAUGUCUUUAUCAGGGAGGUGUCUAACUGUGAGUGCAGCGAUUGCUUCAUUCUGCAUGUGGCCGGGCGAAGGCUUCUGUUGUGUGUGUGAGAGAGAGAGAGAGAGAGAGGGAGAGAGAGGGAGACAGAUACAGGGAAAGUACUGGUGAAAAGAAGUCAGCCGAUUAAUUCCAAAGCCUGCAUCUGUUUCGCGAUUUAAUUAUUUUUCUCCGUUGUGAGAGAGGCCCAUGUUUUGACCUGUUUUUUUAAAUGCUGGAUCGCGGGCGACACAGAGGACACAUUACAGCCGGUUACUUUGUAUCCCUGAAUGGCUUGGAUACAUCAUCGCCAGAGGCCUUGUCGCAAAUCCCGGGCAGCGGCAGCGCCACAAUGAUACAUUUUGUGAUUCUGUGACCAUUGAAACUACCAGCGUCGCUUCGCCUUGCUUGGGAUUUCCGGAGCGGUUGUGAGUCUCUGCGUGAGUGGUAGGGGGAGCGACCAGUCCAGUCCUGAUGAAGGAUCUCAGUCCGAGACAUCAACUGUUUAUUCCCCUCUAUGGAUGCUGCCUGACUUGCUGAGUUCCUCCAGCAUUUUGUGUGUUGCUCUGGAUUUCCAACAUCUGCAGAAUCACUUCUAUGAUUUGCUGCUCCACUGUGAAAUCUUUUCCAGGUGGAAUUUCACUCGCCAGGAGAAGACCUCGUAUGUUCCAGGGCAGACUACAGAUGGAAAGCCCCUCGCGUAGCUGGGUCUGGCACAUGGCUGACUCUCCUCGUAGCAACAGCGUGGGCUCGAAUCCCUCCACCUCGUAACUCACAGGGGGACGGGCGGAGGCGCGAAGGGACGUUCGGAGGUUUACCUUGCCUCGCGUUUGGGAAUGGCUCUGCAGAAUCCUGCCUCUCCCUCGCUCCAAGGCGCUCCCUCAGUGGACUCGGACCCUACAAGGAGGUUGCCCAGAAAGUGAAUGGACACUUAAUUUACCCCCGCCCCAAGACUUUUAGGUUGCUUUGUGCGUGUGUGUGAGAGAGCGUGGGUUGUCUGCAUCUUCAACUUUUUUUUGGCUUUGCGUGUUCUUUGAACAUGACCCAUGGCGAGGAACUUUCCUCUGAAAUGCACCAAGAUUCCGUCGUGUUGACUUACCUCGAGAGCGUACUGAUGCAUCGAGCGGCGGUGGCCAGCGCGGCCGGCUCUCCUGGCAAGAGCGGCCCCGAGGGGUCGGCGCAUCCGGGCAGAGGGGCCGAGGGAGCGCUCGACACCGCCCCCGUCCCCGGCCGACCCCCUGCCCCUUCCCCUCCCAGGGCCGCCAGAACGGGCCCUGCGCUCAACGUGAAGAAGGCGAGGCUGCUACAGGGGGAGGCGUGGGACGGGGCAAAGAGGAGGAAGAUCGGUGGUCAAGAAUCCAAGAGUCAGGAGAAACCCCAGCAGCAAACCCACAGCACCCUACUGGCUUCCCUCUUGCAGUCCUUCGGCUCCGGCUUGCAAGACCACCAGCAGCGCGGGGCGUCUCCGGGAAGCCGAGCUUCUUCGCCCGAGGAGGAGGAUGAGGAGCCCGGGGCUUGCGGGCGGCUGGCAGCUCUGCUGGACGGUGGGAAGAAUGAGGAGCCCCGGCGAGAGAGUUCGCCCCUCCCCGGCGCCCAGCGUCUCUCUUGCUCCGCCCGGCUCAAGGCGGUAGCCAGCAUGGUGGGUAAAGGCGCCAGUGCCCCCAGCUCACCCAAACCCAGCGCCGCUUGCAGCCAGCUCGCUCUGCUCCUCUCCAGCGACUGCCAGCUCCAACAGUAUUCCCGUGCACGAUCCCUGGCCCCCUCGGCGAGUCAGAGGCUGGCGGCCAUAGCCAGCAAGAAGCUCGCUGGGGUCCCGCCGCCGGAGCGGCCGGCUGGCAAGGGUCCCGCCUCGGUCCCCCGGGACAGGGUCAGCCGCUCGCCCGCUUCCCCGGCCGCCGGUAGUAGCCUCCUGAAACACCUCCUAAACUCACCCAAGCUUCCGGCCGCUAACGGUCACGCCUGGGCUGCAGCGGGAGAGAUGGGCCCCCGUCCUGGUAGCCACCCGCCAGCUGGUGGCAGGCCAUCCAGGGAGGGCGGGGAGGAGGAGCGGGGAGGUGUCGGCCGCCGCGUCGAGCCCGAAGUCCGCUCCAACUGCACUCCCAUGGACUUGUCCACCAAAGGCAGGGCGUCAUCCUGCGAACCCGCGUCCCUGCAGCCCGGCACCCUGGAACAGAUGACCGAGUCCUUGCUCUUCAGUUGGAACCCCAAAGCCCCGGGACUCAAGGGUCCUGAACCCAAGGUGGACGAGGAGGGCGCCGAACCCAAGGGCCACCAGAAGGUCACCCUGCUGCAGUUACUGCUGGGUCACCACCAGCAGGGCAGCCGCACUCCUGAACCCGGCGUCGGGGAAGCAGCCACAGCCCGGAGCAGGCGACCCAGCCAAGUAGAGCCCUUCCCAUCCCCCGCUCCCUCCUUGGCGGAGAGGAGUACCUCCCUGAAGCCCCGUGGUAGCCUCGGGGCCCGCCGGGGCCAGCCCGCCUCCCCCGCCGACUGCCCGUCGCACACCCUGCCACCGCAAGCCGACCCCCCGGCGAGACCCCGGCCCCAGCCGAGCGACGCGGCCAAAGCCCAACGCUUUCUUCCAGAACGGCCGGUGGCUAGCGAGUCACCGCGGGCCGCCCCGUUCCCCAAGCAGCUCUUCCCCCUGGAGUUGCGCCAGUCCAGCCCCUGCGCUUCCACACCUGUGCUGGGGGGCGACGGCCGCCUCUCCAACUUCUCCUUCAGCGCCAGUAAGUUACUCCACGACCUGGCGCGGACCGGGUCCCAUAGAUCGCCCGAGCCUAUGCAUUUAGAGCCCGAGCUCAAGGCCUCCCUGGAGCCCAAGAUGGCCAAGGAGGGUGGAGGGCGCCCACUCGGAUUCCAGCGGAGUGAUCCCGGGACGGGACAGGAGCGAAGGGCAGGGCGGGCAGGCGAUCUGGAGAGACGCAGCGUCCUCCAGCUGUUGCUGAGGAGCACUGAGAAGGAGCACGGACAGCCGCGGGCUCGGCGGGGCGAGCAGCCGGCAGCGCCGGAUAGCCUCGCUGACGCCAAUGUCGUCUCCAUUGUCAAAGUGAAGACCGAGCCCAACGAAGAUGAUGAUGGUGGAACCCCCUUCUAUAGGGCGGAGGAGAGCCCCGAGUGCCAGAGGCGAGCCACCGGGACCCCCUUGGUGUUGGAGAACCUGAAACAAGAGGUUGGGUCACCUCGGCCGCCAUCUCCCUUAGUGUCCGCCAGCCACGCCAGGGGAGGGGUCCUUAGCCAGCUACUGCGGCACAGCUCGGGACCACCGCAGGGGUACCUCUCCAGCGGGCAGGCCGGCCUAGAAGCAUCGGCCGCCCCCUCCAACCCUUGCCCCGGGCUGAGGCACUUACUGCCCAGUUCUCCAGCCGAUCGCCGGGACCUACAGAAGAUGCCGGAACGCCCGGUUGCCGUUAACGGUCACGCUUUCUACUCCAACGGGCUGUCGGCUGCGGAAGCAGGCUGCAAACCCCAGGAACGCGGGCUUGGGCACGGUGGCGCGGAGACGGAGCCCCGCAGUUACCUGAAGGAUACGCAAGGAUUCAAUGUACUGAAGCAACUGCUGUUGUCCGAGAACGGCAUCAAAGCUCUGUCCCACCACCGGACUCUGCAGAACGGUGGCUCGGCGCGGGACCCGGGCGAACCCAAGACACCAGGUGGGGCCCCCACCCAGUUUUACCGUGAGCGCGAACUCAGGAGGGGCGGGAAGGAGAGCCCAGCGCAGCCCCCCAGGUAUCCCGGGACAGCCCGGCUCCCUCAGCCCCAGAGAAGAACCCAUCCCGAGCCACCCUGGCUCACCAAAGCCAACCCAAUACUCUAUUACAUGCUGCAGAGAAGCGGGGACGAGGUCCAGCCGAGAGGGAGCGAAGGAGACGCGUUCAGAAAGGACAGGAAGAGGCAUCAUCCUCGUUCCGAUGCCGAGAGUCAGGCCGGCCCGUGCUGGGUGAAGGAAGAGCCGGAGGAACCCCUGGCAUGUUUUGAGUCCCUUCACGUCCCGCCACCGCCAAGUCCCGGGCAGAUCAUGGAGAAAGUGGCCGCAAUCAAACGCGAGCCGGAUUGAGAGAAGGGCCUCCGGCGAAAGCAGACAGAUCAGACAAGCAAGAAGACAAUCUUGUUAUUAGGACCAGGUCUUGUGCAAUAUCCCGCGGGUCAGCUACCGGGAAAGCACAUGCUGAAUAUAUAUAUAAUAUAUAGAGAGAAAUGUAUAUAAUAUAUAUAACAGCGCCGACAGACAUCUUACUGGAGGGCGUGCUCGUUUGGGACUUGUAUCUGUUGUCAGGAAUGUCAAAAUAUUGGGAUCUACCGAUUUUUAUAUUAUAAUUUUAUAUAUAGACAGAUAUAUAUUACACACACACGCACAUACGCAACACAUACAUACACACACACAUACACACCACACACACACACACACACACACACAGCGGACGAAACCACUUGUCUUCCGCUCUCUUAGAUCUGCAUGGUGAUUACAGCGGGUGGGUGUGCUGGUUAGGGAGAGUGAGACCAUGUUAGCUUGGGAUCCCUGCGCUGAGCUCCCUCUCGUGUAGGCGCCCUCGCAAGGGGGAGGGGAGAACCGCGACAGCCCCGCCUAAGUUCUCUGCCCUUUGAGACAUGCUGUUUAUUUCUGCUCGGGGGCCCCCUCCUCCCUCACACACUUCUCUCUUGGCCGCGCCUCUGAUCUUACUGUUAGGGUUCGCGCUCCAGUGCAGAGAAAUAGAUAUUAAAAUGUGUGUGUGAGAGAGGGGGGGGCGGGGUGGGAAUAGUGCGAAUGUGGUGGAGAGAGGGUGAGAUCGCGGUGGUACAAACUCCCAAUUCUCCACAAUACAUUUUUUAAAAAUUUCGUAGCUCCUUCCAACGCAUCUUACCUCCAAACGCAAAACGGUGCGUAAAACCAGCUGUUUUUUGAGGGGGUGGGGCUGGUUUCUUUUCAAGACGACCGUCGUGUUUUGUCCAUGCGAGCGAACCAUUACCUACUCUUUCGCCCGCCGCUGAUUUUUACCAUCUCUCUGUCUCUUGCUCUGCGAGGAGUUGGCAUCUCCCGAGAGUUACGCAGCUCGUUAUGUACAUUGACUGUUCAAUGAGUGUGUAUAUAUACACAGUGCCCGUACGGAUGUUGAAUGGGGGAAGGUGCCUAUUUUGUGUUGCAUGUGUUUGCAUUUGCAAGUGUUAAAUAUUGUAUAGUUAUAUAUGCAUAUUUUGUCCAAUCUAUUGUUGAAACUAUUGUUGAAGAAGCCCUCUAACUCCGCAAUCCGCAUGAGACGAAAAGCAUGUGGAAGUCCUAUGCACAAAAAAAUGUGAUGUGUUUAUUAAAAAAAAAUACAAGAUUUAAAAAAAGGAGAGUAAAAGAGAAUUUAAUGUCUUAAUAAUCUAAUUUUAAUUACUUACUUGGUCUGUACAUGGUGUACCAGUGUGCUUCUCUCUGAAGACGGAGCUAGCAGGGUAUAUUUUGAACGUUAACUCAUUUCUUUGCAACCUGUUUCUUUCCAAACUGUUUCUCCUUGCUAUGCUGGAGCCCGUUUUAGUAAUUGGUCCAGAUAUUUAUUUAUAUCUCAAUUUUAAUUUGAAAGUUGAAUGAAGAUCUUUGGAAUCAGUUCACUUCUCACCCAUUACUGUGGGAGUCCCCAUUGGAAAUUCCUCCCUUAUCUUUCACAGUUAGUUCCACGUUGAGGAUUCUGAAUGGGUUCCUGGUUCCCAGUCAGACAAUCAGUGUCAAAAGGUGCUGAGCCCAAAUCCAGACCAAGUUGGCAGUCAACCUGCAGGAUUCAAUUUUUCUCUUGCUAGACCAGUAGAAGGCAGAUGUUUAAAUCAAAGGGGGUAGCAAGAGAUGGACCACCAAGUCUGAAUAUCAAUAGAAAUUGUCGCAGAUUGGCUUAUCAUCGAAACAUGUUCUGGGAUGAGCAAUGUUAAAGCAAAUUGGAGCAAGGAUUUAUCCCUUGUUGACUUCCUUCUGGCAACGGGUGGCUUGUUGUUGGCUCUCCAACCUUUGCUUGGGUGACUGAGGUCUUUAUUGAAUGUGGUUUGCUGGUUGAAUGAUUGACUGCACUUGGGCAUCUCAUUCAGGUCCUUAGCUGAGUGGUCACAGGGCAGGGAACAGUAGAACAUCGGUUCGGUCAAUUCUAUUUCCUUCCAGUUACUAAGCGGGCAUUCCAGUUGGUAACAGGAAAAAAAGCUGAGAGCUACUUUGUUUUGUUUUGGAAUGAAAAUUGAUUUUCCUGUAAAUAUCUGGAUUUACUUUUUCCUUCUUGAAGAAUGCAUCUGUAAACAAAAAAGUUUAGUUUUUUUUAAAGAUAUUUCAAAGCAAUUAGCUUUUUGGGGUUUAUUUGAUCUUUUAUGAAAUGUUGCUCCUGAUCUAAUACAAACCGUGAGAACUGUACCAGUUUUUUUUGUACUCUGCAAAAAAUAAAUAAACUUUGGAAUGAGA